AUGAUCAAAAGAGCCGCAAGCUGCUUAGCGAAUAUCCUCACGACUCUCCGCGUCCGGCGCUGCGUGGCGGUUGUGUUGGUCCCCGUCGCGGCGGAACCAGACCUCCUCGUCACCGGCUUCACCGAUCAACGACAGCCUCCGCGCGGAUCGGAUCCCUGCUCGCGUCCGCCUAGCAUUCGCCGCCGGAGUCGCCGGUCAUCUGCAUCGUUUAAUCUGGGAUUGACUACACGAUCGCACGCACCGCCUUGA